AUGACCGGCGACGAAGGACGCCAACGUCUCGUGCCUACUCCUACUCCUUGGAACACGCCGCUGUCAUCUCCCAGGCCCGUGUUUCAUCACUGGAGAGGCGGGAUUUCCGAAACCACCGACCAGUUCAUAUUCGUCCUCAUGAUAUUAUCAUGUGUCUUCGCCUUGUGCACCCUGCUUCGUAUCUGGUUUAGCAUGCGGCAAACAGAAAUCGACUUUCAGCACACUCGUCCGCUGAGGCACGCUGAGGAUGGGACAGGAGCUGAAGCUGAGGAGAUGCAACAGUUCAUUCGGGAACCUGCUGUUCCUUCAUCCUCGGGACGUCGAGGGUCGACGGAAGAAACAGAAGAGGAGGACUUUAUUGUCGGUGGCGAUAGUGAUGAAGAGUCGCAGUCGUAG